UCUGACUUAACUUAUCCAAUUAUCACACUACCCAACUGCCAAAACCAAAAGCUAGAGGUAUUCUCAUAGUAAUAACAAACUGCAAAAGUUGCUUCAGAAUAUGGCUACAUCUUUACUACCCAAGUAUGUAGCUCCAUUUUUCUGCAACUCUCCUUCCUUGCCUAAUUCUAACAACUUUACCAAAUUCUCAUUUUCGAACCCAUUAGAACACUUGUCUAGCGUGAGAAGAUCAAUUGUUCUCGUACAAGCAAAGAAGAAAAACCCAUGGCUUGAUCUAUUUGAUGAUGGAGAUGAUCCAGAUCAGGAAUUUGGGUCAGUAUAUGCAGAUGGGAAGCAAGACGAAGACCCAAGGCCACCGGAUAAUCCCGGUAACCCAUAUGGGUUCCUCAAGUUCCCACAGGGGUAUGCAGUGGAGAUUGCAUCAUUGGGAUCGAAGGUGCGAGGAGAUGUCAGAAGAUGUUGCUGUGUAGUUUCUGGUGGUGUUUAUGAGAACUUGCUAUUCUUCCCAGCAAUUCAGUUGAUCAAAGAUAGGUAUCCUGGAGUUCAGAUUGAUGUGAUUACAUCAGCUAGGGGAAAGCAGACUUAUGAAAUGAAUAAAAAUGUAAGGUGGGCAACUGUUUAUGAUCCUGAUGAUCAUUUUCCUGAACCUGCAGAGUACACUGACAUGCUUGGAAUUCUUAAGAAUAGAUUUUAUGACAUGAUACUGUCAACAAAACUAGCAGGGGUAGGGCAUGCAUCAUUUUUGUUCAUGGUAACAGCCAGAGACAGAGUAAGCUACAUUUAUCCCAAUGUAAAUGCAGCAGGAGCUGGACUAUUUCUAUCUGAAACAUUUACACCAGAUACUGUGAAUCUUUCAGAGGGAGGAUAUAACAUGUACCAUCAGAUGAUUAAAUGGUUAGGCAGACCAGCGAAGAAGGUACCAGAGCAUUUUGUUUCCCCCUUGAAGGUAUCAAUCUCAAGGAGGCUAAAAGACGUCGUGGUGGCUAAAUAUAAGAAAGCAGGAGCAGAGAAGGGGAAAUAUGUAGUGAUUCAUGGCAUAAAGUGUGACUCAGAGGCCUCAAUGCAGUCCAGAGGGGAUACUGAUAGCUUGCUCCCUAUUGAGAUCUGGGCCAAAAUAGCCCAGGCAUUUAGGGAGGUUACUCCAGUAUUUGUGAUUCCACAUGAGAAAUUAAGGGAAGAUGUGGAGGAAAUUGUUGGGGAUGAAACGAGCAUUGUCUUUAUCACUACACCUGGUCAAUUAGCAGCAUUGAUAAAUGAUUCGGUUGGCGUCAUAGCAACCAAUACAGCAGCUAUCCAGCUUGCACAUGCCCGAGAUAAACCCAGCAUCGCGUUGUUUUGUUCUGAAGAGAAGGGAAAUCUUUUUGUUCCCAAUGCAGAAAUAAAGAAGUGCAAGAUCAUAGCAUCAAAAACAGGAAAAUUGGCAGAUAUUGAUGUUGAAGAUGUAAAAGAUGCAGUUAAAGUUUUUAAGGCUGCAGAACCAGCCCCAUCUCUAGCUCCAGCUUUGGUGUAAAAUGGAACGUUUCUGUUGAAAAUAUUGUAAGUAAAAAGAAAAAUGUGUGAGGGAGAGAAUCCUGCUUGCAUGCUUUUGCAAUGACAUCAACUGUACAUUCUGAAACUUGUAUGAGAACUUGAUAAAAGAUGGCUAUUCAUUAUACA